GACAAAAUUUUGCUGGAAAUUUUUUUAGUUGACUAAUAAUUAGCCGACUACAACUAUUUAUUAGUUAUACUUUUUUAUUAGCAUUUAAUUAGUACAUGCUUCUUUCUUAAAGUUUCGACACACAAAAUUCAAUUCAGGUAAAAUUUUUAUUUUCCCUGAUCCUGAAGACUUGUUAGCUGAAAAAACGAAUACAAUUUAAUUUUAUACUUAUUAUGCUUUACUAAUUUAAACAGUGCAGAAAAUAAAAAUAAAUGAAGUAAAUUUUAUUAGCUAAUGAGUAACCUCAUUGAAAAUAUCAUCUUGUAUAACCUAUUGUACGGGCCGCAAUUCAUCUGUCUAUAUUAUACGCUCUAUAGCCUAAAUUUCAAAAUCUUAUACAGUUGAAUCGCGAUAGUCCGACUCUACGGGACCGUGUGGAUGUUGGAUUACCAAAGGUUGGCUCUGUUUAAUUGAAUUUGCAGUGCAUAUGUUUGGAAAUGUAGUUAACGGUGUAUUUUUAUGUAAUAUUUGACUAGAAAUUAUUUAAAAUAAUGAAGUCACACUUAAGUUUUUACAAAAAAAAGAGAAAUUUAUUUAAUACUAAAAUCAUAAUAUUACUAAACACAGCGAGGAACUAACGGCGAAUUAUGAUAUACUAAACCGUUGACUAUUCGGACUAUCGCGAGUCAAUUAUAUAUCAAAAACUAAAAGUAUUGAAUUUUUAGUAUAUUAUCGUUUCAGCAUUUUCAUGAUUUAACUUUUUUUAAUAGAACUGGUAGUUUAAAAAUAUAAUGGCUUCAAAAAAACAUUCUGGAAAAUGAAAAGGAAAGAAAUAAGAAAAAAAACAAAAUGAAAAAUUGGCAACAAAUAUGGCACAUUGGUUAACUCAAAAAGUUAACAAAGAAAAUCAUGAAAAGGAUGUUGCUUGUACAGCACUCGUUGAACCAUUAGGUCAAAAACAAAAAUCUUAUGAUUUGAAACUUGAAACAGUUGAAACACCAUUGGAAACAACGUCAAACAAUGCACUAAAUCUAGAAGAAAAUAUUGAACAACAAAUUAUUCAGAAAGACGAAAAUGUUUUUAUAAAUAAAGAAUGUUUUAAUGACCCUGGAUUUUGGCCACUCUUGACAGACAACAUUCGAACUCAUAUUAUUGAACAGAAACCGUAUCAUCUUGACGUAAAUCAUUACUUUCCAUUAAAUGCAGAUGGGAGACAUUUUGAUGGUAAAUGGUUUUUUAAAUCUCUACCGAAUGGUGAAAAUGUGAGAAGACAGUGGUUAGUGUAUAGUAUUAGUAAAGAUGCUCUGUUCUGUUUUCCAUGUUUGCUUUUUAAAAAUAAAAAUAAACGAAAAUCUCCAUUUUUUGACAACGGGUUUAGUGAUUGGCAACACUUAAAUCCUCGAAUUUCUGAACAUGAAUUAAGUGAUUUUCAUCAAAAAUGUUAUGUAGAUUGGAAGGAGUUUGAAAAACGAUUAAAAGAUGGUAAAACUAUUGAUAAUGAUUUGCAAAAAAUCAUUCAAUAUGAAAAAAAUAAAUGGUGUAAUAUACUUAAAACAAUUUGUAAUGUAAUUUUAUUUUGCGCUAAAAAUAAUUUGCCAUUAAGAGGUUCAUCUGACAAAGGCGAUGAUAAUUGUGGAAUUUUUCUCGGCUAAAUCUAAUUAAUAAGUCAUUAUGAUCCUUUACUAGCCGAACAUGUAAAUAAUGUAAAAGAUAGUUACAGUAAAAAUAAAGUUCUCAGUUAUUUUUCACAUAUUGUUCAAAAUGAACUAAUUACACUUAUGGGCCAACAAGUUAAACAUGAAAUUUUAAAUAGAAUAAACAAAUCUAAAUAUUUUUCAAUUCUCUUCGAUUGUACACCAGACAUUUCUCACCAGGAGCAGUUAACUGAAAUAAUACGAUAUGUAAAAAUUGUUGACGGAGAAGUAACUAUUGAGGAAUCGUUUGUUGACUUUGUCAUAAGCCACGAUAAAACUGGAGCAGGACUAGCUGAUGAAAUAUUGAGUAAAUUGAAAGAAGAUGGUUUAAACAUCCAAGAUUGCAGAGGACAAGGAUUUGAUAAUGGAGCCAACAUGGCUGGAAUUUAUAAUGGAGUUCAGGCCCAUAUUAUUUCAAAAAAUGCUUUGGCUAUAUUUGUUCCAUGUGCUGCUCACAGCUUGAACUUAAUUGGCGUACAUGCGGCACAAACUUCUUCAACUAUUAUUACGUUCUUCGGUGUUAUCCAAAAACUAUUCACAUAUUUUUCUGGGUCAACAUCAAGAUGGGAAAAAAUGAAAAGUGUGCUCAAAAUAACAUUAAAACCUCACUGUGAUACGCGUUGGUCUACUAAAAAGCAAGCCAUAAGCGUACUUAAAAAUAACAUAAAAGGUGUUCAUGAAAUAUUGAAAAAUUUGUCUGAAGA